GGCACAGCACGUUGCAAGAGCCCAACGUGACGCACAGGGAGCCGGGACACACACACACGCAGAGUGGCUAUCGAAUGGAUUACCCCCCUGACACAGGCCUUUGAACUGCUACCCAGCAAGAACAAUACAGUCAGCAGAUGCACUGAGGAGCUGUUCAAACCCUUCAGAACUUCUCUGACACUUUGACCAAAAGAGGGGAAAAGUAGCUUUGAUUAAGUAGGUUUUUUUUAUUUUUUUUACAAGUCUUGUCUGAUUCAUUCAGAUUCACUGAGCAGAGGAACUUGGACUGUCAGAGCUGAUAAUGGGAAUAUUUGUUCUGGGUUAACAUUGGACAUCACCUGUCAGUCUGCCGUGCCACUGGAGUGGAUCAGACUCACCAAGAGGAGACGCAAUACACGACCACGAGAGUUAAGGACACGCGUGAGAAAGCUUACCAUGCACUGAGAACAAGGAAUGGAAAGCAUCAGUGUGGACACAGACUGGGAUGGGUUAGCGCUCUCCUCUCUGGUCACCGCGGGAAGGAGCAGCCUCUCCUCCUCGCCGCUGCUCGUCUCCGACCUGAACUCGGUCAACGCCUCUCACAGCGGGGGGGCCUUCUUCGGGAUAUUCCCAUACAAUGGCUCCAUCACCACGCCUCACACCCUGCCCCCACCCAGGACCAGGGACUUGGGCCUGGCCAGGGCGGAGAUCGCGGUGCUUGGCGUGGUGCUGGCUUUCGCCACCCUGGGGAACAGCUUUGUGCUGUGGGUGCUGCUGAGGAGGAGGAAGCACAAUGCACCCAUGCACGUGUUCAUGGUCAAUCUGUGUGUGGCUGACCUGGUGGUGGCGCUCUUUCAGGUUCUUCCUCAGCUGAUAUGGGACAUCACCGAGAGGUUUCAGGGACCAGACGUGCUUUGCCGGGCCAUCAAGUACUUGCAGAUUGUGGGCAUGUUUGCUUCGUCUUACAUGAUAGUUGCCAUGACAGUAGACCGGCACCGAGCCAUCUGCUGCCCGUUGCAGGCCUACAGAGGGGGAGAGAUGUCCCGCUGGAACACCCCUGUCAUGGUGGCCUGGGCUCUGGCACUUGUCCUCAGCAUACCGCAGGUGGUCAUCUUCUCUCGCGUGGAAAUGGAGACUCCGGGAGACUACGAGUGCUGGGGUCGGUUCGCCGAGCCAUGGGGGCUGAAGGCCUACGUCACCUGGAUGGCUGUGGCUGUCUUCCUCCUGCCCGCCCUCAUCAUUACCAUCUGUCAGAUAAGGAUCUUUAGAGAGAUUCACAACAACAUCUACCUGAAGUCAGAGAGGAUGGUGAUGGCCGAGAAUAAGAAGCGCAAAAUCCUCUUCCGCUUCCACAGCUUCAAGAAGGACGACGAGCGGGCGAACGAGAGAGGAAGACGGGCGUCCGGAGGGGGGGGCAGGGACGGGCGGGGGCCGCAGCCCUUGAAGGGUGUGAAUAACAGCCCUCACAAUAACAUGCUCAACAGCCAAGCGGGAGAGUGCUACGAUUAUGCGCCACCUGCCAUCCAGUACAACAGUUGUCGUGGUGAAAAUGCGACAACAGCGACAACACAACAGCAGCAGCAAACAGGGACCAGCUCAGAUUGCCAGGACUCCUACACCUCCUACGUGCUGGUGUCAGGCUCGCCCCGCUGCUCCCUUGACUACGUCCCCCCACCCCGACCAUCCACUCCACCUCCGAGCAUCACUAGAGCCAUGUCCAAGACCGUGAGGAUGACUCUGGUCAUCGUGCUGGUCUACACUAUCUGUUGGUCCCCCUUCUUCAUCGUCCAGCUGUGGGCAGCCUGGGACCCCAACCCGCCUGACCAAGGAGUGGCCUUCACCCUCCUGAUGCUGCUGGCCAAUCUGAACUCGUGCACCAACCCAUGGAUCUACACGGCCUUCUCCAGCAGCGUGUCCCGAGAGCUGCAGAACCUGCUGCGCUGCUGGUCGCGACCCGGCCGCCGGGGCUCCCUGCCGGACGACUCCACCACAACACACACCUCCACCAAGGACAGCCAGUACUGACAGAGGCUGAGGGGACAGCAACAUGACAUGUUUGAAAAGACACGCAUGGCUGCCCGUGCGCUCGUAUAGCAAGGACACCACCAACACCACCUCCAGCAUCUCAGCCCUGACAGCAGAGAGCGCUGACCUCCACCAGAUGUUUCCAGCAACAAAGGACAGCUGUACCGUCAACAGGAUCUCUGCCUUUAAUCACCUGUCCUCUUCCCCCCCUAGCAGUAAAGAAGGGUGUCAUUGAAGGUGUCAACACCAUUUUAUGAGGGCACUGUAGAAUAUCCAGUCAGCAUCAGACAGCACCUGCAAUUCGCAAUGCCCUUGACAGUAAAGACAUGUUCAACUGCGGCUGCUUUAGUAUAGAACACUUUGCAUUGCCUCACACCCUCGCCCUGUUCAGACAGAGCAGAGCAGCAGGAAUGCAGAGGGUGGAUCGCUGCAUUGAUGGCCUUACGGCACGCCUAAUGUACAAAGCUGUGGGUGUAGAGAAAACAAAGCAGUGGGCUGAAGGAAAAAAGAGAAGAGAGAGACAGACAGAAGGGGAGACUGCUGUUGGACCGAGAACAGACAGGGGAUGACAUGGAUGUUUCAGCUGCAGGAGUGGCCCUGAGAAAGCUGUGGUCGAAAUCUAAUAAUGUGAACAAACUUUGUUAAAUCAAAGAAAGUGGAUUAGAGACGGAUGCUUGAGGCUGAAUUCAUAUUCGCUCAGGACGAAUCGGGUUCCGAAGAACAAUAGUGAUUUAAGAGAGAGAGACGGACGGAGAUUCACUCGUGAGAACAGUGCCCCCCCCCUUCCUUCCCCCCUUCCUCCCCCAUGUGAGGAACUGGAGAACUGUGGAUUAAUGCAAAAAACACACACACGAACGCACGCACACACACACACUCACACACUCCCUCUCAAAGUAACAGACAGUGAGGGUUGAGCUCCUGGAGAUUUCAGGUUUCCACAACCAACCAGGACAACAAUUAUGUGAUUGUAUUUCGUACAAACACGGCAAUGAGGUACACAAGAUUACCACCCUGUCGGCUUCUCCUGACACCACGAGUCGAGAACACCGACGUAACGCAGGAGACGCAGCACGGAAACAAACAAACAACAGUGAUUCAGCAGCAUUCCAGUGAUGAACAAUGUACAGUGUAUUUAUUGAAAAUGUAAGGCACAUUCGAUUAUAUGACACUUUGAGUUGAAAAGUUGAAAUGUUGAAUCAUUCAAUUGUUAUGGUCCGACAUGUGUAGGAAAAAACCCAUUUACGGAGACGCCAAACCAAAGUUAUAUUUUGUUGUAAAGCUGUACUGUAGAAUCUUUUCAGGUCUUAAAAGUAGAGCUAAUUCAACGUUUCAAGGUCAAAGAGACACUGCUGCACAUCGUUCAGACUACAUGUCGACUUAAGGAAAAACUUAAACAGUGAACAUACUCCCAGUUAAAGCUAAGUGCCUGUAAAUGCCAGUGGACCUUUUAUUAGAGGGGCCUUCCUCGCUGGAUUAAUCUUAUUCUGAGACGAAGUAACCGCAGAGCAGGGAUCACUGACUGUGUUAUAUUUCACCAUGAGCCAUGUGUUCUUCUAUCUUUUUAUUUAUUGUUGCAUAAAAGAAACUACACACAUACAUCAGUUUCUGUUAUUGCCUCACAUUCACCUUUAUUGUGCAUCUCGAGCAGUGUGUUAUGGCCCUAAACUGCAUGACAAAUAAAAUAGUAAUAUAGUUAUAUAUAGUUAUAUUUGCUUGGAUACAAGUGUGAUAAUAUAAGCUACUGCACAUACAGUGGGUGUAUAUAUAUGUAUGAAAUGAAAUUAGACGUUCCUUAUAAUGCUGAGCCAGAGUAGCACAUGUUUUUUUUCCAUGAGGCAGCAGUGUUAUGAGAGUCUGCCGGACAAUGCUGGGAUGCUUUCAAGGUGUCUCAGGAAUACUUGUCUGGUUCGAAGGAGCAGCCGCCUCAGCUUUUCCUCUGUGCAGCCCGGGUGUUUGGGCUGUCGGCACGCCACUGAGCAUUUGUUCCCCAGACACACAGCUUUCGACUUUGAUUCUCCGCCAAAUGGAGGGCUGCAGCCACGGCGUCCCUUUUCUCACUUUGUUAUAUCAGGAAAUAGAUGAACUUCUCCCAAACCCUGUGGGUGUUCGUGAAUUCUCAUCUUCCUGUCAGGAAGUUGAGAGGUCAGAGGAUGAUUCUUCUCCGCUCAAAGGGGCCAGACUUUCAGAUCCAUCCCGCCUUUCGUCUUUGUGGGAGAGGCCCAGCACACUCUGUCCUGUGCAUUACUCUGCCUGUAAAGCCAUUAGUGCAGCAUUACCAUGGCUAAAUAAUGAAUGCAUUCAAUAUGGAGAGUUUUCUGGCACAAACACUUUUCAAUAUCCACUAAAAUUAGACCCAUGAUUGCAGUGUAUUCCCCCUGCGACUCUGUCUUGUUUCCCGAGGACAGAAGACCUGAUAGUGGUUUUUAUCUCUCCCACCACCAUCGCCCUCCCUACCUGUCAGAGCUUAUGAUGUACGGUCUAUAGGGUAGGUCGCUUUUGUAAUCCUGCAGUGUGUGUCAGUCAGUGUGUGUGUGUGUUCAUGCUGAGUGUCCUCCUGGUCUCCAUACUGGUUUCCAUACUGUAACGUGGUUGAUGUCGAAGCUCAAGGUCACGUCUUCAUUACUGUGGAGCAGCGCUUCCUGCCAGUGGCCCGCAAAUGGGGUAUGUGAGAAACAAAUGACCCAGCUGUGUGACUGUCGUAUAAGGUCAGCGGAAUAGGUGAACUUCCCUCUUGAAAUCAAUCUAGGGUCAGCCAAGGAGAACAUCUAAUGGCUCUGAAGAAUGACACAGCCCCCCCAAGCCUUGACCAAAGUCGGUAUAAAUCAGACCUGGAGCCUGGAGCUUUCCUGCACUAAGCAAUGUGUCUGCAUUGCUUAACUCAAGACCCCUCCACAGAUCUGAGGAGUGCCGGGGCCGCUGCUAAGCUCAUUCCAAGACACCGGGAGGCGUUUCUGGCCCUCGCCGACUUACACAACCCAGUCCAGCGUCUGUGUUUGCAGAGCGCGUUGGAGCAUCGUAGUUUAUAAUCACCUGAAGCAAAAGAAUAAUGACCCUUAUCGUGCCCAUUAUUUUCUCUGUUUCACGUUUGUUUAUCUUUUUCUGUUUGUGGUUGCUCCCCCCCGAAAUGUACCGGCCUCAUCUGCCUCUAUUUCCAACACACCCUGUGACUGCAGCUGUUUUCAGGGUGAUUUAUGCCAAAUAUAGCUACGCUUCCAUUUUUAUUGGCUACAUUAAUGAUCCGACACAAAAUCUUACCUCAGCUUUGACUGUUUUAAAGGGUUUAUUUCUCUGAGAGCCACAGGAUCAAGGCUUUGCUUUUUUUAUCACUCUCACAAACCUUGUUUUCAUUACUUAAAGCCUGGCUGUAUUUACACCUUGACUAGAGCCUGCAAUUUAAUUUCCCUCGUUGUAAAAACAGGCAUGUGGAUGAGCAUCUGAUGAAACCCAUUUUAUGGGAGCUCAUUCCACAUGCUUUCACAGGAUUUAGGUACAAAGACACAGUUGGUGGUGAUGUGUCUGCUCCUGUUUAACCUUUAGUGUUUCAAGGGUCAUGGCCGGGCAUGAGACGAAGCACAAAAAUGAAAAAUAAAUCUCUGUUGGAAUGGUUGACAUUUUAGUGUGAAAUAUGGAGCGGGUGUCUUAUACGAUGGAGGACGAGCCUUUUUCAAAAUAAAAAAGGAAAGAGGAAAAAAAAAAAUUUCCUCUGGUGAAA